AUCCUAAGGGUACACGUCAUGUCAAACAAUUUUGACUUUGCACUUUGAGAAAAAUGAAAUGACUCAUUGAUAUUUUCGAUUGCACACGAUUUCGUGGUCUCUUUAGUAUAAAACUAGUGUGAACUUAAUUAUAUCAUAAGUAGAAACUAAACAGACGCAAGAUGAGUUUGCAGUGGACGAUAAUUGCUACUUUUUUGUACGCUGAAAUAGCAAUCGUACUUCUUUUGACUUUACCAAUAGCAAGUCCUUCAAGAUGGCAAAAGUUCUUCAAAUCGAAGUUUUUGGCAUAUGUAAGCGGCCAGGCAUCCAUAUACUUCUUGGUAUUGAUCGGAGUUUUGAUCCUAUGUCUCCUGGAUGCUAUCCGUGAGAUGCAAAAAUACUCGAACAUGGAACCGACCGAACAUCAGCACCUCGACGCGGAAAUGCAAGGUAACAUGCGGCUUUUCCGUGCGCAAAGAAACUUCUACAUCUCUGGAUUUGCAUUAUUCCUUCUUGUAGUAAUUCGUCGUUUAGUGCAAAUGAUCUCUGAAUUGGCCACUCUAUAUGCUCAAGCUGAGGCAAACUUCAGACAAGCUCAAAGUGCGUCGGCGACCGCCAAGAGCCUCCUUGCGCAACAAGGCGCCGGCGACGAAAAGAGCAAGAAGGAACUAGAAGAAUUGGAGACCAAGGUUUUGAAUUUGGAAAAGGAAUUGUCAAAGGAAAAGAAAGACAAGGAAGCUGUUAAAUCUCAGGCUGAAAGCUUGAAUAAAGAGUAUGAUAGAUUGUCAGAAGAGUACAGCAAAUUACAAAAGAAAAUUACAGUUGCGAGUGGUGAUAAGAAAGAUGAAUAAGCAUUUAAUAUCAUGGGUAUUAACUCCAGCUUUUAAUUUUUCUAUAUUUAAGAUCUCUAUUGUUGAGUGAGAUCGCAUAAUCGUUUAAAUUGUCAAUUGUACUCAAUGGCUAGCUAUGACUAAUCUCUAAAUUAUGAUUAAUUCAUCAAUCGUCAUUGAUUACUUAAUUUUAUCAGUUCUAUUAAAUAAAUCAAAUAUAUUUAUUAUCAAAAAUGAUGCAACUAUGUGAUUCAUUCUAGCCUUGAACAAAUGCCUUGAAAAAUAUAAUAUUUUCAUACAAUUAUUUGUAGAUGCUUGUCCCCUGUUUCUCUUUGGUUAGUAUUAGCUGUGAAAAGUCUGAUUUUUUUUUGUUUUGGGUAUUUUUAUAGGAUUAAGUACCAAUUUUUCAAGUCAUGGUUAAAACUUAUUCAACAAAUGUAGAAUGAAACAACCAUUUGAAUAUGUUCUAAUCGCUCUUCUCUUGAUAUUUUACAGGUGAUUCCUUAUAUUAUGGAUAAUUUUUAAGCAGGGAUUGAAAAAUUGGUCCUUUGUGUUAUGUUGAGAAUGAUAUAUAGAUUUGAAUUGCUUUUAAUAGGUUUCUAUACACAAGUUUUCGUUAAUGUUCAUUUUUAAUAUUGUGCUUUGGUUUAUAUAGCUGCACUUUUUGUAUGCUUAAUGUUUGUUUUCGUUUGAAAUAGCAUUAUUGUAUAUUAGCUGAUUGAGUUCUUUUAAUAUUAUGUAAUUGAAAUACAAAUGUAUGGAACCUAAAUUUUGUCAUGAGCAUUAAUUGUUGUUCUUAAUAAAAAUGUAAUAAUUCUCACUUUAAAUAAUUUAUAUAGAUGUAUUUUUGCAUUUUAACCUAUAACAAAAGUAAAAGGAUUAUAUGGGUUAGGUUAAGUUAUUACAACUUUGUUUAUGUGGUGUUGUAAUGUAAAAUAAAUAUUUUUUAUUA